GUUUGGAUUCUUUAUUAAAACAGCUGUUGUUAAGCAGGGUGUUCAGUGUGAUUAUGCAAGUUUUGUUUUGACUUCAUUUUCGUUUAACAUAGGAAAUUAUUAACAAUUGAAAUUAAAAAUCUGUAUAAUUCAUAAAUAUAAACUUUACAAGUGUGGAACGAUUAACAAAUGGCUUUUGUAUUACGAAACUGGAUUAGUCCUAUGCGACACAGUAGAAACUGACGUUUCUUCAUUGGAAGGUGCCGACUAUUUUACAAUCGUAAACAAAUAUUUACCGCAAAAACUUAUUGAAAUAAAAUUCUCAACAUAAGAUAUGUCAGCGGGAUCAGUAGACUUAAGCUCAUACCGAGAUCAGCAUUUUAAAGGCUCACGGACUGAUCAAGAGCGUUCACUACGUGAAUCGUGUACGCUAUACGUGGGGAAUCUGUCAUUUUACACAACCGAAGAACAAAUUCAUGAAUUAUUUUCCCGCUGCGGUGAAGUGAGACGUAUAGUGAUGGGUUUAGAUAAGUACAAAAAAACACCUUGCGGAUUUUGUUUUGUUGAAUAUUAUAUGCGUACAGACGCAGAAAUGGCCAUGCGAUACGUGAACGGAACACGGCUGGAUGAUCGCCUAAUACGAGUAGAUUGGGACGCAGGUUUUAUUGAGGGGCGUCAAUAUGGUCGCGGCAAGACUGGUGGGCAAGUGCGAGAUGAAUACCGAACAGACUAUGAUGCCGGGCGAGGAGGUUAUGGCAAAUUGUUGCAGCAAAAAAUUGCCCCAAAUACCGACAAUCGUUAAUUUUAUGGUAUUUUACAUUUUACUUUAGGAUUUAUACGUAAUAUACAAUGCAAACUAAAAAUUUUA